AUGAAAAAUGUAACCGAUUCUUUCGUUUCUUUGGGCUACUGGCCAUCUGCCGGGAGUUUCGGAUUUAAUACUGAUAUUUUAGCAACAAAUCCAAUAAAUCUAAGUGUAGUGAUUGGUGUAUUGAUCUUUUUUGGAAAGGGAGUGUUAAGUGAUUUAUUAGAUAAUCGAAAACAGAGGAUUUUGAAUACUAUUCGAAAUUCAGAAGAACUGCGUGAGGGGGCCAUUGAACAGCUGGAAAAAGCCCGGGCCCGCUUACGGAAAGUAGAAAUGGAAGCAGAUCAGUUUCGGGUGAAUGGAUACUCUGAGAUAGAACGAGAAAAAUUGAAUUUAAUUAAUUCAACUUAUAAGACUUUGGGACAAUUAGAAAAUUACAAAAAUGAAACGAUUCAGUUUGAACAGCAAAGGGCAAUUAAUCAAGUCCGACAACGAGUUUUCCAACAAGCCUUGCAAGGGGCUCUAGGAACUCUGAAUAGCUGUUUGACUAACGAGUUGCAUUUACGUACCAUUAGUGCCAAUAUUGGCAUGUUGGGAGUGAUGAAAGAAAUAACCGAUUAG